AUGGGCGCGGACAUGCUGCUGGUUUUGUGCCUGGCGCUCGCCGCGACGGUGGCGGCGGUGGGGCAGCGGCCGACCGCGGUGACCGUGGGCGCGCUCUUCACGUACGAGUCGAUCAUUGGCCGCGCGGCACGGCUCGCCAUCGAGCUCGCCGUCGACGACGUCAAUGCGGACACCGUCGUGCUCGCCGGGACCAACCUGAAUUUGAUCACCCACGACACCAAUUGCAGCAGUUUUCUUGGAACCAUCGAAGCAUUGGAACUAAUGGAGAAAAAAGUGAUUGCUGUCAUUGGCCCACAAUCAUCUGGAAUAAGCCAUGUCAUCUCGCAUGUUGUUAAUGAGCUGCAUGUUCCACUUCUAUCAUUCGCAGCAACUGAUUCAACCCUAUCCGCAUCGGAAUAUCCUUACUUUUUAAGGGGUACCAUCAGCGACUACUUCCAAAUGCACGCUGUUGCUAGCAUUGUUGAUUACUACCAAUGGAAACAGGUAACUGCUGUAUUUGUUGAUGAUGAUUAUGGGCGAAGUGGGGUCUCGGUCCUCGGAGAUGCACUUGCUGCAAAGCGGGCAAGAAUUUCAUAUAAAGCAAUCAUUCCUCCAAAUUCAGACGAAGACGUGAUCACUGAUGUACUCUUUAGAGCAAACAUGAUGGAAUCAAGGGUGUUCGUUGUGCAUGUCAAUCCUGAUACAGGGAUGAGACUAUUUUCUACAGCUAAGAAGCUCCAGAUGAUGACUAGUGGCUAUGUGUGGAUAGUAACCGAUUGGCUAGCUGCUGUCCUGGACUCCUCAAGGUCUAGAGAUCUUAACGACAUGAGUCAUAUCCAAGGGAUAAUAUUUCUUCGUCACCAUACUCCUGAUUCUGCUGCCAAGACAAAGUUCAUAUCUAAAUGGAAUAAUGUGGCUCGUAAUAGGAGUAUCGAUUCUGCCUUGAAUUCGUAUGGUUUUUAUGCAUAUGACUCAGUAUGGAUUGUUGCCCGCGCUAUCGAUCGAUUUCUAAAUAGCGGCCAGCAGAUUAAUUUCUCUACAGAUCCAAGGUUGCACGAUUCAAAUGGAAGCACUUUGCGUCUAUCAACUCUUAAGAUAUUUGAUGGUGGUGAGCAGUUGCUACAGCAACUUCUGCUCACAAACAUUACAGGCCUAACAGGUCAGGUUCGGUUUGACUCAGAUCGCAACUUGGUACAACCAGCUUAUGAUAUCCUUAACGUUGGUGGUUCCGGGUCCCGUUUGAUUGGAUAUUGGAGUAAUUACUCUGGCCUUUCUGUUGCUUCUCCUGAAAUUUUGUAUCGGAGGCCACCAAAUACGUCAACAAGUGCCCAGCGGCUGUACAGUGUGGUGUGGCCAGGCGACACUACUACUAAGCCUAAGGGGUGGGUUUUCCCAAACAAUGGCCAGCCUCUCCGAGUUGGUGUUCCAAAUAAACCAAGUUUUAAGGAAUUGGUGUCAGGUGGCACUGGCCAUGAUAAUGUGAGCGGUUACAACAUUGAUAUAUUCAACGCAGCAAUCAAGCUGCUUCCGUACCCGGUUUCUUGCCAAUUCAUAUCAAUUGGGGAUGGCAUAAGUAAUCCUAACUAUGACAACAUUAUUAGUAGGGUAUCCACCAAUCACCUUGAUGCAGCUGUAGGUGACUUCUCCAUUGUGAGAAACAGAACCAAGAUUGCAGAGUUCACACAGCCUUAUAUCGAGGCGGGACUCGUGAUAGUAGCGCCAGUCCGACGAGAAAAUUCAAGUGCCUGGGCUUUCCUUAAACCUUUCACAGUAGAGAUGUGGUGUGUAACAGGUGCUCUUUUUCUUUUUGUGGGAGUAGUUGUUUGGAUUCUCGAACAUCGAACUAAUGUAGAGUUUCGAGGCUCGCCACAACAGCAAGUCGGAACAAUAUUUUGGUUCAGUUUCUCAACAAUGUUCUUUGCACACAGACAGGACACUGUAACUGCUCUUGGGCGUUUUGUGCUAAUCAUAUGGAUGUUCGUCGUGCUAAUCAUCAAUUCAAGUUACACGGCUAGCUUGACGUCAAUCCUCACAGUCCAGCAACUUGCAACUGGAAUAACUGGGAUUGACAAUUUGAUUGCAAGCGGUUUACCUAUCGGAUACCAGACUGGAAAAUUCACCAGAAACUACCUGAUCCAGGAGCUGAACAUUGCUGAAUCUAGGUUGGUACCAUUGAGCACGGUCCAGGAGUAUGCUGAUGCCCUUAAUCGUGGACCAAAGAAUGGAGGCGUUGCUGCAAUUGUUGAUGAGAUGCCAUACGUUAAGAUCUUCCUUUCAUCCCACUGCAACUUCAGAAUAGUCGGCCAGGAGUUCACCAAGGAGGGAUGGGGAUUUGCAUUCCAGAGGGAUUCUCCCCUUGCUACAGACUUAUCGACCGCCAUCCUUGAACUUUCAGAGAGUGGCCAGCUUCAGAGAAUUCACGACAAGUGGUUCUCAGAUCCGAGUUGCAGCUCUGAGGACAGUGCGGUGGGAGCAGUCCGGCUGAGCCUCGGAAGUUUCUGGGGCCUCUUCAUGGUGUGCGCUGUGAUAUGUUUGUUCGCUGUCAUGUUCUUCUUCGCGAGAGUGUGCUGGCAGUACAGCAAGUACUCCAGCUCUGAAUCCGUUGAGCCAGUCGACGCUGCUGCUGUCAACACUGUUAUUGUUGGUGAAAUACAGCCGACUAAGCCAAAGCCGACUCGCCUUGCUAGCGUCAAAGAACUGAUGCAGUUUGUCGACAAGAAAGAGGAGGAGAUCAAGAAAAUCAUGGAACGGAGAUCGAGCAUAAAGGAUACUAGGGCUGCUUGA